GUUUGACAUCCACUUGGACCUAAACCAUCACCAUCUCUUUCUCUCCGCUUGACCCCUUCCAUGGACUGGCACGAGUCAGAUGCUUCCGACGAUGGCGAGGGUCAUGAAUCCUUGAGCACGUCGAGAAAGCGGAGCAGCCGAGCCUGUGAUCAGUGCAGGAAAACGAAGAGCAAAUGCGAAAGAGGUGCUGGUGAAGGAGCUCCGUGCAAAAGUUGUGCCUUGACUGGAACUGCAUGCACUUUUCUAGGACCAAGCUACAAACGUGGCCCACCAAAAGGCUACAUUCAUGCCAUUGAACAGAGGUGGCACCAGGUCGAAUCUCUGCUUGGGGCUAUUCUCCAAUGUCCCGAUCCCCGAGUUAGAAGUGUCGUUGCGGACCUACGACAAGAUGACCUUGCCAGGGAGAUUCUUGCAAGGGUGGACAUGGGCCCAUACGGUCCAUCCGGGCGGAGGUUCCAGGCUCAGAAUUCUACAAAAGAGGAUUUUUUUGCUUCUGUACUUCGAAGUAAUGACACAGUGAACAGUAAUCGCGAUCAAUCUCGAACGCGGAGGCAGUCAAGACUCUCCCGCGAAAAGGUAUCUUCUAAUCAAGAUCGCGGACUCGCCGUCGCUCCAACGCAAGAAUGGCAAGACAACCUGUCAAAACGACUCGCGUCCUCCAGCUCAACUUCGUCACCAUUAUAUGGUAGCUGCUCUACGUCAAGUCAGCCCGGUCAACCCGCCUCCCAGCGAAGACGACUCGAGGCUUCGCCAGUGGACUGGAAUGACAUGUAUACACUGGAUCCUACGUCAGAUUCAGACGAGCACGAUUCGUUGAAGGAUCCGACAGAGGGGAUUGGUGAACUGUCCCUCACCGAGAACCAAGAGAUUCGCUUCCACGGAAAAGCUAGCGGUUUACACUUACUGAGCAAAGAUAAUAGGACCGAUGAGCGUAAUGAAGGAGGGAUAUGGAUGCUGCCCAUGGCUAGGGUCUGGCCACCUUCCAAAGAUCACAUUGCUCAAGUAGCACAAGAUUAUGACUUGGAUGUGGUUCUUCCGCCAGUAGCGUUGCAGGAUCACCUCAUUAAUCUUUACUUCACCUACAUCCAUCCUGUUUACCCUGUUAUCCACAAGAGCCGCUUCUUAACAGAGUAUGAGGCAAGAAAACAGGGGCGGACACCGGAGCCACCCCCUGCGAAAUUUUCCUCGCCGAAACCAGAGUCAUCUCAACAAGCUGAUGACCUUCUUCUCCUCUCGAUGUUUGCGAUCACAGCCCGGUUUGUCGAUAACAUUGAACCGCUGCCCUCCAAUGGCAAUAUGUGGGAAGCUGGCAUUGAAUACCUAAACAGCGCGAGAGCUAUAUUAACAAAAAUUUUUGAUCGUUCUCGGCCAUCCACCGUUCAAUCAUUACUCCUGUUGGGAUACAGGGAAUUUGGCGUUGGCAGUAUGGAACAGGGCUGGAUAUAUAUCGGCAUGGCGAUCCGCAUGGCGAUAGAUUUGGGUUUGAACACCAACUCCGAUCGCUGGAAACAGCACGGACAUGAUUUAUUUGCGCGAGACGAAACGCAAACUCGCCGACAAAUAUGGUGGAUAUGCUGCCUAGCGGAUAGAUAUGGCUCGGUCUAUAUGGGGCGUCCCAUUAUCAUAAGAGAAGAGGACUAUGACACUCCACUCCCAGAAAUUACUGAAUACGAUGAAGAGCCUUGGCAGCCCUUGAGAUCCGACUCGUUUGAUGUGGCCUAUACUGCGGUUCCUGGAAAAAUAAUGCUGACAUUUAAUGCUACUUCGACGUUGUUCACAAUAAUUGGUGAUAUCAUUACUCACAUUUAUCCUGUUCGUUCAUCGCAGAGAAUGUCACGUCGGUCUCUGUAUGCAGAGUUAGAGACCAGAUUGGACCAGUGGUAUCUCAGACUUCCUGAAGCUCUUCAGUUCGACCUGAACAGUAAACGGAGAGUGCCACCUCCGCACGUCCUCUUCGUCCACAUCCGUUACUGGGGCGCAGUGCUAUUAUUGAACCGUGCUUUCAUUCCUAAUUGGAAGGGAGCUUCUUCGGCAAAUUCACCCAGUGCUGACUUUUCGUCGACUUCACGUAAAUCAACGAUUGCGUUGAAGGCAUUUGACCUUGCUCAAACGGCUGCCAGUCGCAUUAGCGCAAUAGUGAACGCUUGGUGCGAGACAUUUACACUGAAAAGGGCGUCUCCAUUCUUAUCGGCGUACAUGCUUGCCACCGGAAUCAUGCAUAUAUUAACGUUGACGCUGCGGCCUUCAAAUCCCCAGGCUUCUCAAGGACUACGGCAGUGUAUGACGGCGUUGAACGAGAUGGGGGUGCUCUGGCCAAGUGCAGCUCGAGCGUUGGAUCUUCUCAGCGGCGUAAAACUCGAGUAUGAGUCGACUCAGCCUUUGGUGCCGUCCGGGGACAGAAUCAAACGUCCUGCAGAUGACGCUUUCGGACAAGAGAAAAGUUCAGAUUAUCUCCAGCGAGAAACGUUCGGCGUCGAUGGGAAUCAUCAACGACUCAGUCAACAACAGCAGCCUUCACUUGCUGAUGUGCAGGGUGUACAAGAUUUGGGCACCCGAAUCAUGGCGCACAUGCUCGGGCUCGAUGUACCGGGGAUGGGACCAUCGGCUUCCUAUUAUCCAGGUUAUGAAUGGUGGCCACGACCUGGUGAAGACAAACAACCGGGACUAACGCCGAGGGGUGCACCUCCGAUGCAACAUCAGGUUCGACAGGUUCAACAGCGACCGGUGCAGCCUCAACAACUGCCGCCAUUUGCACAUGUGGCUGGGGACGUAGGAGGCUACUCGCGAACAAGUAACCUCCACGGGUACCCUGGAUCAGCAAUACCGGAGUCGCAACGAAUUCUCGGAGGUGAAGAAUGGAUACAACCGACAACGCAGGGAACUGUACAACCAGAUUAUUCGUAUAACUAUCAGUAUGGACUCUAGUGAUAUCAUUGUGUUUAUUUGUACGUAUGAUAUGUUUUUUUUGUAUUGUAGAACAUGCGCCUGAAGCGUGUAAACAAUGAUGCCCAUUUCGAGAUACAAA